CAUACUUUCAUUCCUUCAUCCAAAUCUACUUAGUCCAUCUCUCGUUUUUCAAAAGAAUCUCAAUCAUGGCCGGAGGAAAGUCCAAGAGCAAGGCCUCCAAGAAGAAGACCGUCGCCGAGGCCACGAGCUCUGCGCCUCAACCCUUCCCGUACCUGGACGGAUCCUUCAUGGAGUUCGGGUCGGAAGAGGAACUCACACGCUUCAUCACCCACUUCGCCAAACGCCGCAUCUCUCCGCCAAGGGUGCUGCCCGAGUUGUUUCCUCAGCAGAAGGGAUACCACGACCUCGACGAUCAACUGAAGAAGUCGGGUUUGUGGCCCUUCUUGCCCACUCGCGGUGACGACAUCGCGACUUAUGGUGGCGAUGAUUGGAUCCUCAACAAUGAGGCGGUGGUCAUCCAAGAGCUUGGAAUCACCAACCUCAUCUGUCACAGCGGCACACCAACCAUCCACUCAGCCCCGCCGGAAAAGCGUCUCCUACUCUACAUCCUCACCCGGAUUCUUCGCCCCCGGGACAGUAGCCACACCUCUCUCUCCAACGAGGAUCUCAAGGCGGUUCAUGCUAUCAUCCAUGGCACCUCGAUCAAUUGGGCAAAAUACGUCAUGAUUCACAUGGCGGAUUGCGCCUCCAUCACCACCGAGCGGAGCUUGCCAUACGCCUUCCUCGUCAUGGACCUCAUCGUCUCCGCCGACAUCCACAUCGCCGGGCCAAGCACGAAGAUGACGAAGAUUUGGAUCAUCCAAGAUAGCACCUUACGGAAGAAGUCCGGAGACCAAGACGGCGAAGGACCAAGUCGGGCUCCAGCCCCCGCUCCCGCCAAGGCCUCCUUACAGUCCAUAGCCGAUACCCUGAAUCGGCUAACCAUCACCGUGGACGGCAUGGGCCAAUACUUGGAGCGGAUGGAUAGCACGCUGCAACGCCAACACCACGACAUGAGGGCGUUCUUCCGCGGCAUCAACUACGUCCCGCCGCCCUUUGACACCACCUUCCUCGGCCAGAACUAUGAAGGCGAGGUCGAGGAGGACAACUCCUAUGCUCCGUCCUCCUCCCCCGACGAAGCCGACUUUGAGGACGCUGUCGACGGGGAUCCCAUGGACGUUGAGGACGACAAAGAAGACGAUGACGCCGAGGACAAGGACGCCGAUGCCUAGACUCUUCUUUUCUUUCCUUUUCCUACUAUGAUUGCACUUCUUAUACUUCCAUUCCGUUGUAUUCUGCAUUUUCCCUUAUUUUAAUAAAAGUUCACUUUUAAAUUCUAAAGUUUACUUUAAUUCUUUUUGUUAAUGUCAAAAGGGGGAAGAUAUCAAGGUUAUGCAUAAAUUGAGGGGGAAUUC